AUGGAGGGGUUAGAGCAAAGCCGAGAGUGGGGAAACGGGGACUGGGAGGGAGGAAAUCUAGAACGAGGUGCGGGGCGAGAACGAGGAAUGAGGAGAAAGUGGGGCGGGGGCUGCAAGAGAAGAGGUGGAGGGGAGCAAGGAAGAGAAGCGGCGCACGUCCUGGACCUCGAUCAUCUCCUCGACAUGAACAGGCCCUCCGCUGCCGCCGGCCUUGUUGAGAGGUCACCGACCGCGACGUCAGCCGUGACAUCAGCAGGUCGGAAGGUCCCCUUAAGUCUCCCGAAGCGGAGGGUCGGCGUCAUUCAAGGAGAAGAGGGGCUAGGCGGCACCACUCGCCGUCGGAAAAGGGCGGGCCGGGAGAGGAAAACAGCAGAAGCUUAA